AUGUCCUACCUUAGUGAAGACGGUCCUCCAUUUGAAGAGCUGCCCUUCUUUUUGGUGGUGAAUGUCCUUCUUCCUGAUGAUGUGCAAAUGGCCACCCUACAACCCACAUACGCAGAUGAAGGAAAACCCAGACCGGGCAUCCCUGAAAUCAAUACAGCAUCGGGAAAGAAGUUUUUUGAAGGUGACAUCAUUUUGCCGCUAGACAAAAAUGCCCUGAGGAACAGCUCCUACCGAUGGAACAUUCCAGUUCCCUACAUAAUGGGGAAUACCAUUGACUUGAAUACUAAGGGUGUUAUCCUGCAGGCGUUUGAGAUGUUUCGACUCAAAUCUUGCAUUGACUUCAAACCCUAUGAAGGAGAAAAGUCCUAUCUCCUCUUUGAAAAGUUGGAUGGAUGCUGGUCUUACGUUGGCGACUUUCAGUCUGGCCAGACGGUUUCUAUUGGAGAGCGUUGCGAAUAUAAAGAUACCGUGGAGCAUGAAAUCCUGCAUGCACUGGGGUUUUAUCACGAACAGUCACGUGCUGACCGAGAUGACUACGUUAACAUUUGGUGGGAGGAAAUUAUUCCAGGUCAAGAGCAUAACUUCAACAAAUACAAUGAUAAUAUUAUUUCUGAUCUAAACACUCCGUAUGAUUACGAAUCUGUCAUGCAUUACGGACCUUAUUCAUUCAAUAUAAAUAGUAGUGUCCCUACAGUUACAACUAAAAUCCCAGAAUUCAAUGAAGUGAUUGGGCGAAGCCAGGAUUUAAGCAGGAUAGAUCUACAAAGACUUAAUCACAUGUACAACUGUGCUUCUAGUCUUACUCUACUUGACCAGUGUUCUUUUGAGGCCAUUAAUGUCUGUGGCAUGCUGCAAGGCGUGAAUGAUGAUGCAGACUGGCAACACACCCUGAUUUCUACGGGUCGUCAAAGGAACAAUGUGGUGGGCCACUGUGCAGAGAAAGGGUAUUCUAUGUAUUUCAAUACCUCAGAAGGGAAUUCACUUGAAUCAGCUGUUUUGGAGUCCCGUAUCCUUUACCCAAGAAGGAAUGAAAAAUGCCUCCAGUUUUAUUACAAAUUUGAUGGAAAUCCACAAGAUCAGCUUGUUGUCUGGAUUAAAAGUGAUGAUGGAACUGGAACCGUUAGAAAGUCAGCCAAACUACAAACAAUCUCUUCUGAUGGAGAAAAACACUGGAACUUAGCGAGCAUUCCUUUCAAUAGCCAGACCAAAUUCCGCUAUGUCUUUCAAGGCAUUAAGGGAGACCCACCCAGCUCUACUGGGGGAAUUAAUAUUGAUGACAUCACUCUGACUGAAACACGAUGCCCAGCUAGCAUCUGGCAGAUAAGAAAUUUUACCUCCCUUUUUAAUAAUACCUCCAAAGGAGAUUAUGUGGCAAGCCCAAUAUUCUACAGCUCAGAGGGCUACUGCUUCGUGUUGAAACUCUAUCCCCAUGGUCCAGUCAGCUCAACGACUGAAAACUACUUGGGGAUCAUGUUUGCCCUGUGUAGUGGCCAGAAUGAUGGUGUUCUAGAAUGGCCAGCUGUGAACAGGCAAGUGACAUUCAUCAUUGUUGAUCAGGAUCCUGAUGUGACUCAAAGGAUGUCAUCAAGCAGGAGCUUUGUCACGGACUCUAACCAGCAGAACAAUAACACACUCAUUUGGGAUAACCCAUUGACUACUGGGUCAUUUGAUCCUCUCUAUGACCGCUUUGUAGGCCCAAUGUUUGGCUGGAGAUAUAUCCUUCCGUAUGAUCAAUUGCUUCGGAGGCAUUUCUUGAAAAAUGAUGGUCUGAUCAUCUUUACAGAUUUUGAAGUUGUUGAAGAUCCAGGCAGUGUUCUGUAAGAUCUGUGACCAUAACUCUGUGGAGUUUUUCACAAGCAAGUAGUCACCUCCUGCAAUUUCUUGAA